GGUUUUUCCCAGCGCCCAGUAAACACUUCAUUCACUCCAGUUACAACCAGUGAGGGGGUAAAAAUAGUAGCUACGAGUGAAGGAAACGUGGAGUGCUGUUAACGCGUCCGACCGUCGGUCACCGCACAGUUUCCAUGUGUGUUCAGAACGAACUGCGGCCACGUCCCGAAUCACGGUUCAUUCACUCAUUCACUGGGUUCUGAGCGUCGUCCUGCUUUAGGAUCGAUUUGUUCCUCUCAUCGUGAAGAUUUUGCCCUGUGGACUUUAUGGGACUUCUGUAGGACAUGGAAGGAUGGAGUAGGAACGCGGACACGGUGAGAUCUGUUUGCGAACUUGGCUCGGUUCGGUGCGCGUCCGCUCCUGAGUGCGCAUUUCCAUUCAGUCGGAUCUGGGAUGUCGGCGCAGUCGGUGCGACCGGGAUCAGUCGGAGUCGGAGUCGGUUUGGUCCUCUGGACUCUGUUGAUGUGUUCGGGCUUUUGCUCUGAGCUCAGAGUCCGGGUUCGGCUCCUGGAUGGACAGAUCGCAGAUGAGCUGCUGGAGGCGGACAGUGAGAAAGACUCCAUCACACUGGAGUACCGACAGGCCGACGGGACACUCAUCACUUUUGUGGCUGAUUUCAAGCAGGAUGUGAAGAUCUUUCGGGCGUUGAUACUGGGAGAGCUGGAGAGAGGGCAGAACCAGUACCAGGCGCUGUGCUUCAUCACACGCCUCGACCACAACGAGGUCAUCUCCAGCGAGUCCAUGGCGCGACUCCGGCAGAAAAACCCACAGACCAUCCGGACGGCGGAGGAGAAACGGCUGACGGAGACGUUAAGCAUGAACGUGGCGGUCAACCUGAUGCAGGCCUGGCAGCUGAGCAGCCACAUCUACAACACGUGCAGUGUGGCCCGCGAGGCCGUGUACACCCGCGAGGCCGACGUUCACCACUGGUUAGACGCAGGUGUCGAGGGCUCCAUGUUCGAGAUCCUGCCGCAGACCGUGGAGGUGCCGGAGCUGCAGAGCUGCCGCUCGGUGAAGGAUCUCUGGCAGCCGUGCUCGUGCAGCUACAGCAUGAGGCUGGAAUGGUACCCGUGCCAGCUGAAAUACUGCCGCAACAGGGACGCCUCGGGCCGCGGCGCCCCCUACAAGUGCGGCAUCAGGAGCUGCAGCAAGGGCUACAACUUCACCUAUUACACCCCUCAUAAACAGCUGUGCCUUUGGGAGGAGGAGACCUAGCGAAACGGCCAGGAACGGCGGGUUCAGGCGAAUUCCUUUUAUUCAGAAUGACGGCUGCGAGCAUCAUGAACUUGAUCGAGUGAGAUCGAGGUCGCGUGUGGCUCGUUCUGCCAGGCUGCACGUCAUCUAGAGCGGCCUGCAGCCGUGAUGUUCAGCUUGUCGGGAACAUUUUCAGUUCAAUUCGCUCUGUAAAUCACACCAGAGCAUUAAGACUUAGUCUACACAACCUGCAGUUCACGGUUUGUAGACGACGUUACUGUGAAUCUGUGGCUAAUCUAAAAAGCGUUUCCUUUGUAGCUGGAUGGUGAUCAAACUGCCGGGGAGUUUUUUUUCUUCUCUGGGUUUUUCUUCCUUAUUUAUUGUUUAUUGUUAGCUGUGGGAAACGAAUGAAGAAAUGUUCGGAAACGUUUUUCAUACCUUUUGUUUGUAUUUUGUUGUAUUUCGUUAGCUCUCACAGUCACACUGUCAUUAGGGAGUCAUGAGGAUUCUCACGCUGGUGUUUACUGGUUUUGUAUUAUGGAUUCCAGUGCAGCCGUAAACACAGUGUUGGGGUUGGUUUGGUUGUGUACGAAUGCUCUUUAUUAGCUCGUAAAAAUCUGUUGUCUCUGAAGAAGACUAGCUGCUUUGUCACCACACACACACACACACACACACACACGGUUUGUAAGUAUUUGAGAAGAUUGUUGGGACCAAACUGGGACGCUCCAGUGUUGAACCUAAACGUGAUAUGCAAUUGGUAUUGUUUUUUUUUUACACCUCUUAAAAACCAAAGUAUUUUUCUAUGCGAUGAGGGGGGAAUAAAACUUCACAAGCAAUACGACUGUUUUUUUUGAUACAGCGAAGUGCCACUUUCCAUCCAACACUGCCAUCUUCUGGUGGGGAUGAAAACGACGUCGAAUGCUGAACAUUAAAGCCUGAAAAUUUGUACAAUGUUUAUUUUCUGAAGCUUACUAACUAGGCCUGUCAGGAUUAUGUACCUGUCAUACACGUCUUCUCGUUUUCUGUCGACUUUACACUGAUGAGGCAAAGCAUAUCAACAUGUCCUGUUGUAUCUUGUACCAGGAUAUUACCAGCAGGUCCUUUAACUUCUGUACGUUCCGGGCUAAACCAAUCUGCCUUCUUGUAUUCCUCCGACCUCCAGUUCCGAUCCCUGCUUUGGUCCGAUUGUAAGUGCCUUAAGUGAUGGACAGGAGUAAGUAGGGCACUUUGUCUGGCCUGUGACUACACCACUUCUCUGGCUGUUUUGAAAUAAGCAUUUCUGUGCCCGUUUUCACCCAGAAGGACGGGGAAAGACCCUCCCAUCAAGACGAAAAUUCAUUCCAUUCCAUCAUUGUAUUGAGCAGCUAAUCAGUCUGAAAACAUUAUGGAUAAACAUUAUGGAUACUAUUUUAAUUCACACGUUUCGUUACACUCGACUCUAAUGCAUAAUGCUUUACACUCACCGAGUGUUCGUCCCCACUUCGUUUCUAACCCUGAUGCCUUUCACGUGGAUUUAAGCGCACAUGUCACUUUAGUUAAUACACCAGCCAGAUUCUGCCAUUCGUGCUCCGUUAAUGAACCUUUCUGCUAUCAUUUACUUUUGCUAUAUUCAUCCAGCAUUGAGUUUAACUGGACCUGCUAUGCAUUUAUGUUACGUUUCUCUAUUUUCCAUCAGUUUAAAAAUCCCAAUCCGUUAGAAAUUUGUGACGAGAUAAUAAUAAAAUAAAUCUGACAGGCCUUAAGCGAAGGAAUAUUUGCUGCAGGACCAAAAUCUUUAUCCUGAUUAAAAUGAUUCAUUUAGAAACCUGUUUGUUUUGUGUUACAAUGUGGUACUAAGACAUUUCAUUCAGUGUAUUUAGUUUAUCAGGCAGUGAUAAAUGUUUAAUGCUAAUUUUUUUUCUGGCCCUGCAAAAGGGGCCCUGGGGCUAUUUAAAGUGCCUUAAAGCAUCAGUGUUUACUGAUAUUUUUGUAAGUAAGUGUUAUAGAAAUGCUAAAUAUUUUUUUAUGAAAAUGUAAAAUGAGAAUAUAAAUAUGUGAAGAAAUUACUUGAAUUAAAACUGUUCCAAACAGCCAA